UUUAGUUUAUUGCGAUUAGUGAAAUAAGCAAGAUGCCCGCCACCGCUGAUAGCGUUUUUCUUGCUCGUUCUGAGGGCAUAUCCGCCGAAGGUAUUAGAGAUCAAUAUGCUGAUGGCAAAGCAGCAAAAGUAUGGGAAAUUUUCAUUGGGGAUAAAAAUUCACGUACUGAUAACUAUAAGAAGUUUUUGAUUGAUUUGUUAAAAUCGAAAGGUUGUAAAAGACUGCUGGAUGUAGCAUGUGGGCAAGGAGUGGAUUCUAUAAUGUUAUUGGAGGAAGGUUUUGAAGUAGUUUCAGUUGAUGCCUCGGAUAAAAUGUUGAAAUAUGCAUUGAAGGAACGCUGGAAUCGUCGGAAAGAACCUGCAUUCGAUAAUUGGGUGAUUGAAGAAGCUAAUUGGCUCACUUUAUACGAUGAUAUUAAAGACGAAGUGAAAGAAGGUUUCGAUGCUGUUAUUUGUUUGGGCAAUUCAUUUGCUCAUCUAAUGGACAGUUUUGGUGAUCAACGUGAGCAUAAACAAGCAAUUAAAAAUUUCGAAAGGUGUCUUAAGCCAGGUGGUAUACUACUAAUUGACCAUCGUAAUUAUGACAACAUUCUCGAAACUGGAUCUACACCAGCAAAAAGUUUGUACUAUAAUACAAGUCAUACCGCUGAUAUCAAAACCUCCGUUUUGUUUUAUUGUGGCAAGCCAGCAAUGGUAACGAUGGAUUAUCAGAUUGAGGCAAAUAAUUUGACUAACGAAUUUCGACUCUCGUAUUACCCUCAUGAGCUAAAGCAAUUUACUGAAAUUUUAAAAGAAAUAUUUGGCAGUAAAGCAAAUCACAAACUAUACGCGGAUUUUAAAUCAUUGGAUGUUGUCAAAACGCCAGCUUUUUACAUCCACUUAAUUGAGAAGCUUUAAGCCUAGUUUCACUAGUUUCACACAAAAAUUAUAAAUUGUAAAUUUUUAAAAUAUAAUUUACGAUAUUCGUAAAUGAAACACUUA